CGCUAUGUUGCUAUUGCUAUCCGUCUAAUGCCACUACACUAAUCAAAGACCAGACAACAGAAAUACGGUGCAGACCAUGGAGCAAAGGAGGUUGGUGGAGGGAUGGAAGUGCCCCUCCUCCCGCCCCUCGCUCUCCCUGCCCUCCAUCCCACCUUCACUCACUCCGACAUAUCUCUCUCACUUCAAUUGGCUGUUACCCCUUCGCAGGACUUAAGCCUUCACAGUCUCACCACCAGGAUACCCUGCACCAUGUCACUACAGCGCCUCGAGACUUCAACGCCCCGAGGAGGUCCCGCAGAACUCGAUCUUCAGAUGCGCCUAGCUGUUCGCUGCGUGGGUCAGGUCGCAUGCCCUUGCGAUGACUCGUAGGACCGACUGCCUACCUCCUCCUCGCUCUCUCUUAAAGCCUCUCCAGGACCCGAGACGUUUCUCAUCCGUGUCUCCAGCUUCUCCAGUUUCUCCAGCUAUAGCUAUAUCCUCACGACCAUCGUUCCGAACCUCUCAACCCCUC